CUUCUAAACAGAACUUUGACAGUGCCGUAGACUGUCUUCAGCUGUGCUACAACUAAAGCCAAGGACAUUGAUAUCAACCACUGGGCAAUAGAUUCUCUCAUUUUUUUAUAACUUUGACAGUCAUGUCUACAGAAGCAGGUUCCCUAGCAUGCGAGGGGAUGUAUACAAAGCUUAUUGACGGAAGUGUUGAUGAAGAAAACACUGGCAAUAUUCUACACAGUAGAGAUCCACAACCUGUGUUGGCAAAUUCACUGACAGCAGUUCAGCAGCAGACUCAUCCAGGACCAUAUCGUGUGGCUACAAUGUGCCUCACUGCCUUCUGCCUCAUUUUGCUCAUGGUGUUGGUAGCGAUGAGUGUACACCAGAAUAGCAGUAGAGCUGAAAGUAAAGACCAAGUUUCCCAGAAUUCCUCCUUAUCCUCAAUGAUGCAGAAGGCCUGCCCUAAUGUGACUGCCCUAACUGAAGAGAAAAAAACACUGAAGAAAGAAAAUAAGGAACUGAUACAAGAAAUUGAUGAACUAAAGUCCAAGAUUCAGCAGCUGGAGGCCACCCUAACUCCAGAACCAGUGCGGUGCGCUGAAAAUUGGCUCUAUUUCAAUGGGAGUUGCUACUUCAUCUCCGUCUUCAGUAUGAGCUGGAGAGAGAGUCAGAAGUACUGCAAGAAUAAAGGAGGCCACCUCGCCAUCAUCCACACAGCUGAGGAGCAGACCUUUCUAUGGAACCUGCUACCACGCGGUCACUGGAAUUCUUAUUGGUUUGGGAUAAGUGAUGAAAAGUUGGAGGGGGACUGGUACUGGGUAGAUGGAACCAAACUGGUUGGAGGUUUCUGGGAGGAGGGGGAACCAAACAACCAUAUUAAUGAAGAUUGUGGUUACAUAGUGAAGACUGAAGUUCUGACCCGUGUGGCAACCAAGAGCUGGUACGACGCACCAUGCUACAUGUCCUUGCCAUGGAUCUGCGAGAAGAAGACGGAGUCAACUUCCAGAUAGCCAGCAGUGGAGGACGCUGCUUUUUUAUUUUUCCAAGUUUAAAAAGAAAAUGUGUAGUGUUGAGUUCUUACUCCCUCUUGGGGGGCAAGUCCAAGUUUUAUGUCCUCUAAGCAUAUGGCAUUAUAAUGCAAAUUUAUGUCAGUAGAGGGCAGCGUUGAAGAUAUUUUUCAUUUUACCAUAUCCUGAUAUGCUGUGCUCCUUAUGUACAUUGGUAUAAACACUUUAGAUACAUUAUCUUUUAGGCUUAAGGCCAAAAUUUCUCAAAACUCUGUUUCAGGACUUUACUUCAACACUAAAUAGACUUCACUAACCUGGGUCCUUGGUAGUGUUUAUGCUUCUGUAAAAAUGUUUUGUCAUUGGCUACUAAUAAACAACAGUUAACAUGCUCCUGAGACACAGGACACAGUGAAGCCCAAUUCCAAAAUGUCCUUGCAUGAGACUUGCAUACUAUCACACAAGGUUAAAGGAUAUUCCAGUAUUAGUUGCUGAAUCAGCUUCCUAAAUCAUUCAGUUGAUUUUUGCAAGCUGUGUCCUCUUAUGAGAGUGCUCUCAUUUCCCACCUCCCUGAUGUCACAGCAGAAGUCACCAGUAAGAACACUGCCCUGCCACUGUUGGACUGGAUUAUAGGAAGAGGGUACUACACCACCAUGGCUCAUUGUGAAGUUAUUUCUGAAUAUCUGAUGGUGUUACUUAGAGAUACUAGUAGUUCUGCUGAAACUUUUGUUCACUGCAUUAGCUUUGAGACUGUAUGCCCAGCUAUAUUAGUAGAUAUUAGUUAGUAGGGAUUUUACAUUCUUAGAUAAUGCCGUGCCCUGGCAGGAGUGUUGGUGAGAAGAUUACUCAAACUUGGCUUGUUUACACUGCAGAUCAAAGAGAAUCUUUAUUAAGAGGACAUGACAGAGUAAUGAGGAUUGAAAAAGCAUUUAUGCAUUACAAGCAUUGGCUUUGCCUCAUUGCUUACUCCAGCAUUUCUUCCACUGUAAUCUUAGUGUAUACUUAAGUUUCAUUAUAAGAAUGUUUCCAGUCAACAGGUUUUUUAUGUUUUUUCUAAGUUAGUUACAUUUAUUGUCUGUGUUUAAUAUACAUUCACUGCAGGUGGUAGACUAUGCUAGACAAUAAACUGCAGAUGACAGA